AUGUAUGCAUCAUAUCUGUUGACAUGGUUCAAACAAGAGGUAAAGAAAACUUGUGAAUUGUGCCAUUUAAGUGAUAUCAAGAAAAAGGGCAAACCAUAUAUGCUGAGGUAAUUGUUAUUUCUAAGCCCUUUUCUAUUGAGUUGUAUUGGUUCAGUUGAUCUUCAUUUUACCAGGGUCAACAUUUUUGUUUUCAUUGUCACCUUUGGAACCUUUGCCAUACCCCUCCCCCCUUGGUCCUCUAUUCCCCCCCCCCCUCUCUUUGAACUUUUGUCUCUCUCUUCUCCCAUGUUUCUGUUGGGAAAUUGGGCAAAACAAAGGUGUUUGAUAGAUUAAGGAUUUUUCUUUACUGAAUGAAGUAGAGGAAGCAAGACAGUGGGCUACAAAGAAAAUUGAAUUUUUUCAGAACCAAAGUUAAAACCAUAUCCUUGUACUAUUUCCAGAUUUUCACAUUUCUAGACUAUCAACUUAAGAUACAUCCAACUAAGCUAAAGAAUUAUUGGUGUAUUUCCAGAAUUCCACAUUUCCAGACUACUGAGAUAAAUGUAAGUUAAAGACUAAUUUGUAUAUUUCUAGAUGUACCAAGUUAAUAUGCUUGUGAGUAAGCUAAUUGACAUAUUACAUAUUUUUACACAUUUUUCUUUAAGGUGAUGAAUUUGAUGUGCAGCACAUUCCAUUGUGAUGACAUGUUC